AUGAAGUUGAACUAUUGUACUGGAACUGUUUCAUUAUCAAAAAUAUUAAUAUUGUUAAUUAUUGUUAUUAUCAUUCCUAUAUGCUUUAAUAUUAUUGAAAAAAAUUACUCAUUCCGAUUAGAAGAUAAUUACAUUCAGCCACGAGGUGUCAUCACAACACUUAUUCGUAGUGAUACUCGAACAAUUCUUUUAACUAUUAAUAUGAUUCAUUCAAUAGUAAAAUUUCAUUCGACUAAGAAUAAUACUUUCUAUCCAUUAAUUAUUUUUCAUGAUAUAAAUCUUACUUCUGUUAUGCGUCAAUAUAUAUUAUCAUGUACAAUUAAAAACAAUACACAAAUGAAUAUUUCAUUUGCUCUUGCCAAUUUUCAAACAUCAUCACAACCAGCCAAUGAAUCACGAUUAGCCAAAACAAUUGGAUAUCGUAUUAUGUGUCAAUUUUGGACGUAUGAUAUCUUUUAUCAUCCGGCAAUUACUGAAGGUCAUUACGAUUAUCUCAUGAGAAUGGAUGCUGAUUCAUAUUUUUCUGAUGUAACUAAAAAGGAUCUUUUUGUUUAUAUACAUAGACAAAAAUUCGAUUAUAUUUAUCGGGCUGAAUAUUGGGAACCGAUUACACCGAUGGUACCCGUUCUAGAACAUUUUCUUUACGAUACAUCCGAUGUUUCUAGUUGUAUUUAUAAUAAUUUUUUUAUUAUUCGUUUGAAAUGGUUUUAUGAAUCAAAACGAGUUCAAACUUUUAUUCAAGAACUAAUUCGAGAUGAUUUAAUGAUUCGAGAAUAUAUUGGCGAUGGAUGUGCUCAUGCAGCUAUGCUAAAAAUUGAUAAUCAAGUUAGAGUUAAACAAAUUACUGAUAUUUCUUAUGGUCAUAAUUAUCAUAUCAUGCCACGUGGUCAAGGAACGACAUUUGUUGAUGUGAAAGAAUUUGAUGAAGAAAUAAAGAAAUCUUGUCAACAGUUGACCGUACUCAGAAACAGAAAAGGCACGCUAACACGAAUAUCUAUUUCAUAA